CGGUCGUUCUAUACAAACUUUUGUCCAAGAUUGUAUAUCAGGUGUCCCAAAAAAAACUUGCGCUGUUUGAUUUAAUGUAACAUAAAAACUAUAAACGCUAUUGCUAUUGCAUGCACUGAAAUAAGUUUUAUUGUAUUCAGCAAGGGCUAACUUCGAUUUUGAUAUAUAACAUUUGAAUGUCCGUGCAACAUUUACAGAGCCAUCAACGUUUUAAAUUGAAAAACAUAUAUAUUUGAUUAUUACCCGAAAUUAAAGGGUCUUGUCUAAAAGUACAUACGAGUGACCACGAAUGACCACGAGUGAUUUAUGUGUUUAAAAAUAAUAAAAUAAGAAUAAAAGCUAUUUUAAAGCUUAUUCCGAUCGGAUAAGUCUACGUGUCAGGCUCUAUGCUUGAAUCAACAGAGGAGAUACAAUUAUUGGAGAUUGAUUCGGAUUGUACCAUUGUAAGGGAUCCAAAACAGAUAACAAAUUACAAGUAUGUAUACUUUGUAUAUGUUCUCACUUUUUGAUUUAUGCUUUCUGGAACAUUUCCCAUAAUGAAGAAUGGAAAUUGGAAAAAUAUUUUCUCCAGUUGUUGAUGCUGUUUUUCGGUCACAGUAUAUAGGGGUGAACAUAUAUAUAUAUAUACUAGUUAAUUUGUUGUUGUUGAAAACCUCAUGGUUGUUUAAAGCCUUUGAUCCAUAAGCCCGAGUUGUCAUGGUAGAAUCCUGUCUUACAGAGAUCAAAACCAUUCGUUGCUGCCUUGCCCCAGCAAGGCAGGUUAGGCAGCAUACUAUUCUUGAUGUCAUUCCAACUGAGAUGCCUAGGCUGAAUUUUAUGAAUGCAACAAGAAUCUCGAUUUCUGAAGAUUUUCUGGUUCAAUCAUUCAAGAUGUUAGUUGGGUCACUCAAUCUCUUCUUUAACCGUGUGCAAUAGUGGUUGCACAGUGUUUCUUCCUUUUUUUGUUUAAUUUAAUGGCCAAUACUUUCCCCUAGUACACGCUUCGAUCAAAUUAUUUAUUGGUUUUAUUGAACAGUUUUAUUGAACAAAUGUUUCCACUUAAAGAAAAUUUGGUUGACUAAAGGAAUUUUUUUAAUAACUUCGAAAGGAAUUUAUCUGACAGGUGGAAACACAACGAAAAACAGGAAACUUAAAGAAAAAAAAAUAGAAGUUAAACCGACCAACCUAGAUUUUCAAACCAAAUCUAUCCAAUCUAGAUUUUCAACCAAAUCUACCCAAUCUAGAUUUUCUUAGGAGGAAACUGGAAACCCACAUAUUUUGGCCUAAACGCCUCCCUACAGGAGCAUUUAUUACAUUUUACACAGAAGUUGAGGUUGACAGAACAUGAUGCGUCAAUCAUGAUCAAAGCGAGACUUCGUGGAGAAAUCAAUAGUGUGAGGAAUCGGUACAAGUGCUUAGUGCUAUUGUGAGUACCUUUAUUAAUGUGACGUUUUAUGUGUCUAGGUACAACUAUGGUAAAAGCAAGGAUGCAAAAGCUGAUGUGUUAAACGAUAUAAUAUUAUAAUUGUUGAGCUUUUAAGUCAAAAACAACAAGGGACGUAUUCUGUCAUUGACAGAUCACAACCAUACAACAGAGAAUUCCUUUUGCGCGACGGCAACCAACCUUCGAUUGUGGCUUAUCUCAACCAAACCUUGAAAGAUUUGGAGAGAUUUUGCGUCAGCCAAAUGAAAUGCAGUGUCCCUCUAGCUAUCGAUACGACCUUCAAUAUCAGCAAGUUCUAUUUCACGCAAACUGCUUACAAGAAUGUUUCUCUUGUCUCGAAAGCAACUGGAAAACACCCAUGGUUUCCUGGUCCUCUUCUUGUACAACGUAGCAAGAUCCAAGAGGAAUUUCAAUAUUUCUGGCAAGCUGUAAAACGACAAACUCCAGCGCUAAAGAACCUUGGCGUAUUUGGAACUGACGAGGAGGCUGCUGUUUACAAUGGCAUUUUGUCAGAAUGCGAUGGCGAAACCGUGCAUCUCCUUGGACUGGAGCAUGUGAAGGCCAAUGUUGAACGGAAGCUUGAAGAACUCAAGUUUCCCAACGCGUCUAAACGCCGCAUUAUCUCGGACAUAUUUGGAGAAGCAUUGGCAGAGAAGAAUGGAUCUUUAUAUGAAUGUGAAACCGAGGAGGAGUUCCUUGAUAAAGUCUCGAAGUUCAAAAAAGAGUGGAAUGCUAUUGAAGUUUCGUCAACCCGUAACAACCCGCCCAAGUUCGUCGCCAAUUUUGAGAAGCACAAGGAAGAUAAAAUACGGCAAUGCAUGGUAAAGUAUGUUUGAGAGAAAGCUGGAUUGCUAGAUUUUUAUGGCCAGAAUCCUAUCGAGUGGUCUCAUUUCAUGUCCAAAAAAAGAAAUCGACGAUAUCGUAAAGUCUGAAGGUUUAAGUCAUACGAUGCACCUCUGGCAACCAGUCUUGGAGCGCUGAAAUUCAGAAAUAUUCGUCUUUACUCUGAUGCUGUAAAAGCUUUGUACGGCGAAGGCCCCUAUCGUGUUUCGAAAGAAUUAGAGGAUCAUCAAUACACGUACGAUACUUACUUUCAAAGUGCAUAUUAAUAACAUAUGUCGUUCGGUUUCACAAUCAAUACAUCAAAU